CCAUGGGACACGAGUCUGGCGGUUCAUUGUACCAUUAUCCACUGUGACCUGAAAAUGAGGCAUGGUGAGGUUCACUAGCGCCAGGCUAGGCACAUGAUACAAUCGACUCAACCCUACUCUCUUGGACUACUUCUUCUGGAUUGCGGCUGCCCAGCCUGGUGGAAUACUUCCUGGAUCUCGUGGAGCCUUCCUGGCAGCUCUUCCGGAAUAGCUCGCCAAUUUACAGGGAACAAGCACAUAAAGAUCUGGCCAGGAUGGGUAGCAGUGGCUCGAUUGAGCGGACUUGAUGUAUUGCAUAUAUCGGCGAUUGUUUUUGUUUGGACCUUUCUGAAGAGUUUUGGAGUUGUGGUGAUAUUUACCGGAAUUAUUUCAUGCGUUUUUAUCGAUGUAUUUGGCGUUUGGGCAUCGGGUAACCAGCGGUUACCGGCUAUUGAAUGAUGACUAAGUCUCCGUAAUGAAUUGAACGUUUCUGGAUUCCCUCUGAUCUGUCAUAUCAACCAUGGUCAUUUUCUCGUCAUUCGUCAUCUUGUAGACGCGUCUUGAUACUCGGCAGGUCGCAUCGGGAUAGCCUUGCCUAGC